UCAUGGCGGCCUCCAUAGGGAUACUUUGACUUAUGUAGCAGGAGUUUGGUAAUUUUCCUAAAUGAUCUUUGCCUUUCUGUUAGUCUCAGUUUCUGCUACAGAGCAUCUGAAAUAAAAACAACAAUACGCCUUCUCCCAAAUAAACCGUGUGCGUCUCACAUGUUGAGAAAGAAGCUUCCCUUCCUGCACAGUCUCCUCUCACCGGUUUCCAGACAUGUCGGUCACCUCGCCGGGCAUCAGUAUGACGUCAUCGUGGUGGGCGGGGGUCACGCAGGGACCGAGGCAGCGGCGGCAGCAGCCAGAGUUGGGGCUGAAACACUCCUCAUCACGCAGAAAAUUCACACCAUCGGUGCUCUGUCCUGUAACCCCUCUCUGGGAGGAGUAGGGAAGGGCCAGCUCGUGAAGGAGGUUGAUGCUCUGGAUGGGCUGUGUGGUCGGGCAGGGGACUGGGCUGGGAUUCAUUUUUCCAUCCUGAAUCGUAGAAAAGGGCCUGCCGUGUGGGGUCCGAGAGCCCAGCUGGACCGUCAGCGCUACCGAGACUUCAUUCAGUCCGAGCUGCUGUCCACUCCCAGGCUGACCGUGUUGGAGGGCUCAGUGGAGGAGCUGUUGGUAACAGAACCAAACCCAGAGGAGCCCGGGCACCACAGAGUCACCGGGAUACGUUUGGCUAAUGGCAGCCAUGCGAUCUCAGCCAAAUCAGUGGUUCUUACCACUGGUACGUUCCUGUCUGGCUCCCUCUUUGUGGGUCAAACUACCUCCCCCGGGGGUCGGAUUGGAGACGCUCCAUCGAGCCCUGGGCUGUCCCAUACGCUGAGGGAGAGGCUGGGGCUAAGGACAGGCAGACUGAGGACUGGUACCCCUCCCAGGAUUGUGAAGGACUCAGUAGACCUUUCUUUGGCUAAGCUUCACCUCCCCGACAGUCACCCGACUCCUUUCAGCUUCCUCAAUACCCACACCCACUGCAAGCCAGAAGAGCAGCUGCCUUGCUACCUCACCUUUACUACACCGGGUGUGGAGAGAGUGGUGAGGGAGAGUCUUCAACUAAACUGUCACAUACAGCAAGACACCAAAGGUCCCAGGUACUGCCCCUCCAUCGAGUCGAGAGUGCUGCGCUUUCCAGGCCGAAGCCACCAGGUGUGGCUGGAGCCCGAGGGCGUGACCUCUGACCUCCUGUACCCACAGGGUCUGUCCAUGACAAUGCCCCCUGACAUACAGCUACGCCUCAUCAGAGAAAUCCCUCCCAUGCGCAGAGCUGAGAUCCACACGCCAGGUUAUGGCGUGCAGUACGACUUUGUGUGUCCCACUCAGCUGAGCCCGGCGCUGCAGGUGAAGAGCACUCAAGGUCUGUUUCUGGCUGGUCAGAUCAAUGGCACCACGGGGUACGAGGAGGCUGCCGCACAGGUAGCUGCUUCUUUCCUUAAAGCCACACACACACACACACAGCUGGAAGCAGCUUAUCACCAACUGAUUUUUCUUCUUCUAUCUGAGCAGGGUUUGUGGGCGGGAGCAAACGCUGCCCGCUGGGCGCUCUCCAUGCCCACAGUGACGCUGUCUCGAACAGAGAGCUAUAUCGGAGUUCUCAUUGACGACCUGGUGAGUCGAGGCGUGACAGAGCCUUACCGCAUGUUCACCAGCCGGGCCGAGUUUCGAACUUCUCUAAGGCCGGACAACGCCGACCUCCGCCUGACCCCGAAGGGCUUUGAGGAGGUGGGAUGUGUGUCUUCUGUGCGCUACCAGGAGUCUUUAAGAGUGAGGAACAGCCUCCAGGAUGCACUGACAGCCCUUCAGGCUCUCUUUCUGUCUACCUCGAGCUGGAAGAAGAAGCUUCCCAGUGUUCCCAUCAGUGAGACCAAGAGCACCUUACUGACUGGCUUAGAUCUUCUUCAGUACAACGACGUGACCUUUGAAAUGUUGGCAUCUGCCUUCCCCGAGAGCCUUUCGUCUUAUAUGGAAUUCACACAGAGACUUAAGAUAGAAGCUGUGUACAAGCCUCACUGCGACUUAAACAAGAAAGAGAUCGAGAGAAUUCAGAGGGAGGAGAACAUGUCCCUGCCGCAGGACAUUGACUAUUUCUCUCUGCCGGUGUCGCUUUCCGACGAAGUUCGAGAGAUCCUGGACAGAGUUCGACCGAGCACACUGGGCGCUGCUACUCGCUUGGAAGGUAUAACUCCUGCUGCAGUCGUCAAUCUCCUCAACUAUGUGCGCGUCACAGAGAAAAAGAAGGAAACGCACAGAAACCAGCGACACCAGGAGGUGCAGAGAGAUGAGGAGCUGUGUGCAAACAGUGCCUCUUUACCUCAGUGAUGCAGUCUAAAAAUGACUCAAACUGUCUUGUGAAAAUGUAUUUAUUUCUGAGAAAUAAUUGAAACAAUAAAUUAGGUAUUUUAGAAAACUU